GUGAACGGUGAGAGAGAACUGUGUAGUAGCGGUUGGUACACGUAUUCUAACCCAUAAACCCUCUCUGACCUUAGCAGCAAGCAAAGCAAAUUGCAAUUGCAACUUCUGCUGUCUCUGUCUUUGUUUCAAUGCCAAAAGACGCAUGCCACCUCUCUUUUUCUCUUUUUUCUGUAUUUUUUUUUUCGAAUUUUGUUCACUUAAUCUUUUUCAUUGAAAUUUUAUGCUGAUAAUUGUGGCCCUUCGGUCUUUCUUGCUCGCAAGUCACUUUCUUUCUUCUUAGUUGGAUGGAUUAAGUUUGAGUGGCAUCUUGUUUGGAUACUGAGAAAAUUGUGGGAAAUUUGGGUUUUUUAUUCUCUCUAUUUCUCUUUCUUUUUCUGUUCUUGGGCUUAAAUUCACUUCAGAAUUCACUGAACCCAGAAAGAAAGAUUCAAUCUUUUCCAUUUUCUUUGUUAUUUUUUUUGUUGGUUGUUCAUGGGCACUUCUCUGUACCACUGAAUUGAAUUCACUGAAGAACUGAGAGAGAGAGGGAAGAAAAAUGGCCUAUGCACAGGGUUUUGCUCCCAAUUUCAAAUUGGGUUUUGUGUUUUCUUCUGGUUCGCCAUCACAACAGAGACAGCCUUUGAUGUUUCUUGCAUCACACUGUGGAUUUUCCCUCAAAUUCUAUGAUGGGGUGUGUGCCAGAUCUUUUAAGUUCCAAAACCCCUCCAUUUUUGCUGCAAAGCACGGUUCAGUGAGGGGUCUUAGGGCUUUGAAGUCGGUGGAACUGGACCAGUUUGUGACCAGCGAUGAUGAGGAGGAUGAAAUGGGAGAAGGGUUCUUCGAGGCAAUUGAGGAGCUUGAGAGGAUGAGAAGGGAGCCCUCUGAUAUUCUUGAGGAGAUGAAUGACCGGUUGUCUGCAAGGGAACUGCAGCUCGUGUUGGUGUAUUUCUCUCAGGAUGGGAGGGACUCGUGGUGUGCAUUGGAGGUGUUUGAUUGGCUGAGGAAGGAGAACAGGGUGGACAAGGAGACCAUGGAACUCAUGGUUUCCAUCAUGUGCGGUUGGGUGAAGAGAUUGAUUCAGGAGCAGCAUGGUGUGGGUGAUGUGGUUGACUUGCUCGUGGACAUGGAUUGCGUUGGUUUGAGGCCGGGUUUUAGCAUGAUUGAGAAGGUGAUUUCCUUGUACUGGGAAAUGGGGGAGAAGGAAGGAGCUGUCUUGUUUGUGGAAGAGGUUUUGAGGCGCGGAAUCCCUUAUGCUUCCGAGGACAAAGAAGGGCAUAAAGGAGGGCCAACCGGGUAUCUUGCUUGGAAGAUGAUGGCAGAGGGUGACUAUAGAAGCGCAGUUAGAUUAGUGAUUCGGUUUAGAGAAUCUGGCUUAAGGCCAGAGGUAUAUAGUUACCUUGUUGCAAUGACCGCCGUGGUUAAAGAACUGAAUGAAUUUGCCAAAGCUCUGCGCAAGUUGAAAAGCUUCACAAGGGCCGGCUUGGUGACCAAGUUAGAUCUAGAAGAUGUUGAGCUUGCCGAGAAGUAUCAAUCCGAUCUACUGGCCGACGGAGUGCGGUUGUCCAAUUGGGUAAUACAAGAUGGCAGCCCAUCACUAUAUGGUGUGGUUCAUGAGAGGCUCCUUGCUAUGUACAUUUGUGCUGGUCAUGGAAUUGAGGCAGAGAGACAGCUGUGGGAGAUGAAGCUUGUGGGUAAGGAAGCUGAUGGAGAUCUUUAUGACAUUGUUCUUGCCAUUUGUGCUUCACAGAAAGAGGGCAAUGCCACAGCAAGGCUGCUGACAAGGUUGGACCUUGCGAGCUCGCCGCAGAAGAAGAAAAGUCUAUCAUGGUUGUUAAGAGGGUAUAUCAAAGGUGGCCAUUUUACUGAGGCAGCAGAGACUGUCAUGAAAAUGCUUGAGUUGGGAUUCUAUCCGGAGUAUUUGGACAGGGCUGCUGUAUUACAAGGUUUGAGGAAAAGGAUCCAGCAAUAUGGAAAUCUAGAUACUUAUGUCAGGCUCUGUAAGUCCCUCUCUGAUGCAAACCUUAUAGGACCUUGUCUUGUACAUUUGUAUAUAAGAAAAUAUAAGCUUUGGGUUGUGAAAAUGCUCUAAGACUAUGUGUGUAUGGAUUGAUAGAUAGGAGCAAAAUAGUGUGAAAUGAAAUGGGAUGAUAAUACUUGUUUCCAUUGUUUGGAAUGAUUCCAUUCCAAUUGCAUGAAGUACCCCCUUUUUCUUUCCUUCCAUCUAUUCAUUUCACUCUAUUGUGUUCCAUCACUUUCCCUAUCAGUACAUGGAAAAUGAAAUUGUACUGUGCCAAUCUUUUGUUUUGGAGGCAGAUUUGUAUACCUGGAGCACUGAUUUUCUUGGUGCUUGCGUACGUAUAUAGCUUUGUAUAGUUUUACUGUGAAAUGGAACAAUACCAGUGGAUCAACAAUGUUGUACUGUAUAUGAUGAUGAUGAUGAUCAAUAUCUUCUCUGGAA